AUGAAUUCAAUCUUACAUACUUGUACACACUCUAAUGAUGAUACACUAACCAGAAUGACCGAAGACCAAAUGUAUGCUGCCAUAUUCAAGUAUAUUGAACAUUUAUUUGAAAUCAUCAAACCUCAAAAAGUGUUUUAUAUGGCAAUCGACGGAGUGGCUCCGAGAGCAAAGAUGAAUCAACAAAGAGCUCGUAGAUUUCGAUCCGCAGUGGAAGCAGAGGAAAAUUUAAAGAAAGCAAUUGAGAAAGGGUUAGAGAUUCCCAAAGAAGAUCCAUUCGACACGAAUGCAAUUACUCCAGGAACUGAAUUUAUGGCUAAAUUGACCGAAAACCUUAAAUAUUUCAUUCAUAAAAAAAUAAGUGAAGACUCCAACUGGGCUGGCGUUCAAAUUAUUUUGAGUGGACACGAAGUUCCUGGGGAAGGUGAACAUAAAAUUAUGGAGUAUAUCAGAACUAUGAAGUCGCAAGAUGAAUAUGAUCCUAAUUUGAGACAUUGUAUUUACGGUUUAGAUGCUGAUUUGAUCAUGCUCGGAUUAGUUGCCCAUGACCCACAUUUCGCUUUGCUUAGAGAGGAAGUGACAUUUGGUCCGAAGGCCGCGAAGAAGAGUACUGAUGUGAAUGAUCAGACGUUUUUCUUGCUACACUUAUCAUUAGUGAGAGAAUAUUUAUCGUUGGAGUUUCAAGAGUUGGACAACCAGUUAAGUUUCGAAUAUAAUUUUGACAGAAUGUUGGAUGACUUCAUAUUAAUUAUGUAUGUCAUUGGUAACGAUUUCUUACCUAAUUUACCAGACUUAUUCAUCAACAAAGGUGCAUUCCCAUUAUUGAUAGAAACAUUUAAGCAGACAUUGAAGCAAUCUGAUGGCUAUAUUAAUGAAAACGGUACCAUCAAUUUGAAGAGAUUAGAUAUUUGGUUGAACUACUUGUCUGAGUUCGAAUUAGAAAAUUUUGAAAGGCAAGAUGUUGACGUCGAGUGGUUUAAUAAGAGGUUGGAAGAUAUCUCGCUUACUGGUGAAAAGAAAAGAGAAAGAAUGGGUAAAUUAGUCUUGCUCAAAGAUCAAAAGAAAUUGGUCGGUUUAAUCAAACCUUGGCUACUCUCAACCUGUUCUAAGAAAGUUGAUGAUUUGAUAAAGCUUGAGCAAAUAGGGAAGUUACCAAGUUUGACAUUACCUAAAGAUGAAGUAUCAAAGCAUUUAGAUUUCAUAAAAAGAUUUGCGUUAGAAGUUGGUAUCAUCAUUAUUCAUUCGAAAUCUCAGGACUCUUACGAGACAAGGUUGGAUCUUGAUGGAUUUUCACCUAAUGAAACCGACGAAGAGUUUGAGGAAAGGAUAAAUGAAGUUAAAAAAACCAUCAAAAAAUACCAAUCUGCAAACUUAUUCGAAACUGAAGACUUAUUGAAGGAAUCAAAGGAUAUCUAUGAUUCCAAAUUUUUGAAUUGGAAAGAUAAAUACUACAAAGAUAAGUUACACUUUUCAAUUUAUGAUAAGGAGAAAAUCAUUGAAAUCACAGAACAUUAUUUGGAAGGAUUACAAUGGGUUUUGUAUUAUUACUACAAAGGAUGCCCAUCGUGGAACUGGUAUUACAAAUAUCAUUACGCCCCUAGAAUCUCUGAUAUCUCCGUUGGAUUACGCGAACUAUUGAAAUCUAAGCGGAAAAUAGAGUUUGAAAAGUCGAAGCCAUUUAAACCCUUUGAACAGUUAAUGGCAGUUUUACCAGCGAGAUCCCGAAAUUUGAUGCCCAUUGUUUAUAGACCUUUAAUGACGGACCCCCAUUCACCAAUCAUAGAAUUUUACCCAGAUAAGGUGGAUAUUGAUAUGAAUGGGAAGACUGCUAGCUGGGAGGCUGUUGUUCUUCUCAGCUUUGUCGACGAAAAGGAACUUAUCAGGGCCUUGGCUCCUUUAGAAUCUAAGUUACUGCCAGAUGAGAAGAAAAGGAACUCAAUUGGGACUGAUAUUGAGUUCAUUUACAAUCCUCAAGUUGAUCAGGUAUAUAACUCACCACUACCUGGUUUCUUUAAUGAAAUUGAGCAUGAUAAGUGUUUUGAGUCAAAUUUUAUUCCUCCUCCUGUCAAAAAUGUAAAAAUUGGAUUAGUUGAAGGGGCAAAGAUAGGCAAAGAUUUACUCGCUGGAUUUCCGACUCUUCAAACAAUCCCAUUCACUUCCAAAUUAAGUUUAGAAGAGAUCAAAGUUUUUCAGGCCCCUUCUAGGUCUGAAUCAAUGAUAUUAACAAUCGAGAACAUCUGGGAAGAUAUUUCAAUUCACCAGUUUAGUGAAAAGUUUUUGGGUAAAAUUGUAUACAGCAACUGGCCAUUUUUAAGAGAGUCUAAAGUAGUAAAAAUUGAAGAUUCGGAAUAUAAAUACGAGAGGAAAAAAGUUGGUAAUUACAAAAAGGUCACCGCUUCACACCUUAACUCUCUGGAAGUACUGGUAUUCAAGCAGUCGGUCAAUUCCUUUGCGAGCUUGUACGGGAAAACAAAAGGAGUAAAAUUGAGCAAUAUAAGCGGAUUGGUUCACGUCCAGCCAGUGACAGGAUUAAUAAGAAACGCAAAGGGAGCUUAUGUCAAGACAUUCUCAAAAGAUAUUGAAACUUAUCCAGUGCAAUUGAUUGUCGAAGAAGUUUCUAACGAAGAUCCUAGAUUUGCUACAAGGCCACCUCUUCCAAUCGAAGAAGAGUUUCCAUUGAAUUCACAGGUUGUAUUUUUAGGUGAUAUGGCUUAUGGGGCACCUGCCACUGUUGCUGGAUACAAUGAUCUGGAAAAAUUAAGUAUUAAGAUAUCGAAAAUUCAAACCAAUGCUGAACCAAAUAUCGGUAAACAAAGAUACGAAAUGGAGAAAAAGGAGAUCAAAUAUUAUCCAUCAUAUGAAGUCGCAAAAACUUUGAGGUUGCAUCCUUUGUUUUUAUCCAAGAUUUCCAGUGGGUUUAUGGUAGAGGACAACAAGGGGAGAAAGGUUAAUGUUGGCUUAGAACUAAAGUUUGAAGGAAGAAGAGAAAAAGUUUUAGGAUUUACCAAAAGAAAUGUAAAAGGAUGGGAAUUUUCUCCGUUGGCAAUUAAACUCAUUGAGGAUUACAGGAAACAUUUUCCAAAAUUCUUCGAAGAACUCAAGAAAUUAUCAACUAAUUCUAUUCCUCGCAUCAAAGAAUUUUCAAACGACUCGGAAUUAGAUGAGGUUAGAAAAUGGCUUAAAGAAGCCAAGUCCCAACUUGUAAGAGUUUCUUUAGAAAGUGAGUCUUUGACAAAAUUUAGCUAUCAAGCAAUCGAGACUUUUAUGGACACCUAUCUGCAAUCUAACUUCCCAUAUGUCAACAAAGAUAUCAAAGGUGUUCCGAAAGACGCAGUGUUAAACCCAAGUUUGUCUUAUCAAUUAUUGAGUGAUCAAAAGUUUGAGCUUGGUGAUCGGAUUAUCUAUGUUCAGGAUUCUGGAAAGGCACCUAAAUUGUCUCGAGGCACGGUCGUCAAUAUAAACACGUUCGGAAACAAAAUAUCUUUAGGCGUAAUUUUCGAUUUUCCUUUAAUAAGUGGUAACAACAUGAACGGGAAAUUAAAGAGCAACAGAGGAGUUACAAUCGAUUCGUCUUUGGUUCUAAAUAUUACCAAUAAGCAAUUUGUAUAUCAUAGCAGGGCCUCGAAAGAUAGGAAGCCUCUCACUCCCGAACAGCGAGCUGCAAAAGCCAAGGCGGUUGCCGCAUACAAAGCUAAACAAAAUGAAAUAACGAAGGAGAAAAAUCUGAGAAAGACAAAUGAACUUUUGACUUUACUAAAAAAGAAUGUUUCUUCUGAUGAAAAAUCUGUUUCGAAGGAUUCUAAGGAUGAGGGGGAAUAUAUUAAUUCAGACGCUAUUAAGCAUAUUUACGGUCAAAUAUAUUCUAACGUGAUGAAUGAAGGGAUCGCACCUUUUGUUCCUCCUAUGAUACCUUCCCAAGCUCAAAUGCAACAAAUGCCUCCGGUAAAUUCCUCAGGACAGCUGCAGGUAUUUGAUGAAUCUGGCCCAAAAGAUGCGCCUUUUAAUGGCUCCACUGGAGGAGUCAGCACAAGAGGCAAGGGUGGCGCUAAAAAUGGCAGAGGACGUGAUACUUCAAGCAGAGGUUCCAGUAGAGGCUUCGCCAACAGAGGUAGAGGAUCUUCAGUUAGGGGAAGCUCUAAUAGAGGAAAUGCUAAUAGGGGAAAUUCUGCUAAAGAAUCCUCGACCAAUAACUCUAGCGGUAACAAAAAAGAGUAG